CCUGGGCAUUAGUGUGAGAGGCGGAAGGAGAAAGAGGGGGCGCAAUAAAAGAGGAGUGGGGGGCGCACGAGAGGGCUGGUGCUGAAAUAGCCGCCUUUUUGGAAUGAAGUCGAGAUGGAUAAACGGCAGGCUUCAUAUAGGGGCAGGGAAACUAAGAAUGUAGGUGCUGCUAGUUUCGGGCUGUCAAGAGAGUCUUGCAGGUCCUCAUGAGAAAAUGAGUUGCGGUUGUGUUUAUCGAUAAGUAUCAUCUCCCUCAUUAUAAACUGUGCAAAAAAUGGACAGUGAAGUACAAAGAGAUGGGAGAAUUCUAGAUUUGAUUGAUGACGCAUGGAGAGAAGAUAAGUUACCAUAUGAAGAUGUGGCAAUACCCUUGAAUGAACUUCCAGAACCAGAACAAGACAAUGGUGGAGCAACAGAAUCAGUGAAAGAACAAGAAAUGAAAUGGACUGACCUGGCUUUGCAGUAUCUUCAUGAGAAUAUUCCUCCAAUUGGAAAUUAAUCUGUACAAAUUAGUAUAAUAACCACUUUAUUGAGAUGAAUUUCUUGUCAAUAUUGGUUUGCAGUCUUUUGCCCUGUUAGUCUUGUUUUGAGAUAACUUGAUAAUUAAUUGUUUUAAUUAAAAAGUUACUUAAAAGGCACUAAAAGUUUUUUUGUAGAUCAUGAGAGAUUUUUCUACCUUUCUAAAUACGAAAGAUUUUCCUUGAAGUUUCCAGCAGAGGUCGCAGAAGUACAACAGUUUCCUUGAGUAUGAAUUGCUCUUUAGUCAACUUGAAAUAUAUUGCAAAAAUUCUGUUUGCAGUUUUUGAUUUCAGUAAAUUCUUAUUUGUACUAAAUAUAUUCUGUGGAAAUGUAGGCAGUUCUGCUGAUAAAAGCUUUUUCACUUCAUCUUUUUAAUGCUAUCUAGAAGAUGGAUUGAAAGUACUCAAAAUACACAUUACCACACAUAAUAAAACUUUAAUAGCUUCAACUACAGACAGAAUUAAUGCACUGAAGUAGCUAAGGGAGGGAUAUUUAACUUUUCUUCCAUCUACCGAUUUUCUAGAGCAUUUCAUUCUAAAUAUAUCGUCAUACAUUUCCUGAAUUUACAGAUAUAUUCAAAAGGUAUAUACUCAACUGUAAUAUUGUAAACAAGAACAAUGGUGAAAAGUUAAAGUAGCUCAGUUAAGUAAUCUGUUGCAUGCUGAAUUUCUUAAAAGACAUUAGCUAUAGACAUGAUAUUAAAAAGUUUAUUCUAGAAAAUUGUACCUAACAAUGACAACAUUACCUCUAUUUUGUAGGGAGUACUUAAGGUCCUUGAUGUGAUUCUUCACAAGUGAUAUGGAAAAUCCAGAAACAAAGCCAUUUCUACACAAAUUUAGGGUCACCCUUAAGACUUUAAUGCAGUAGUCCUUGACUUAUUACCAGAACUGGGACCGGAACUUCCAUACUAAGCAAUGAGGUUGUUAAAUAAAUCAUUGAGCAAAUCCAGUUCUCCCACUGACUUUGCAAGAAGCCUUUUGGGAAGAUUGCAGAUGGUUACCAUGUGACCCUAGGAUGCUGCAACUGUCAUAAAUGCAUGCUGAUUGCCAAGCGCUCAAAUUUUGAGCAUGGAAUACUGCAACAAGUUUAAGCGCAAGUACUGGUCAUGAGGCAUCUAAGUAUAGUAUAGGUCAGGGCUUUUCAACCUUUUCACAGAUUGUGCCACUUUUAGGACAUGACAAUAUUUGAGUACCACCAGUGCUUAGCAAGGAGUCCAUCACUCUUCAAUGGCCUUUUGAAAAUAUAUAAGAAUUUUGUGGAGAGAUUUUCAGGAUUGAUUCUGGUGCUAUCAAUGUAAGUUUUAGUUUUUCAUUAUCAUUAUAUAGUCUUUAUUUUAUAAUUACUAUAUUAUGGGGAUAGAUAGACAGACAGAUAGAUAAAUAGAUUCUUGAUGUUUCAUAUUUAAAUUAAUAUAAAACCUUUGCAACUAUUUUUGGGAAACAUUCGACAUCUGAAGUACAUAUUGAAAAAAACUUAAAUUUUUUUAAAUCUAAUUAAGUAUAGAUCUUUUCAAUGCAACUUAAUAUAUAUGGUACAGUAGACGUUUUUUCAUUUUAUUGGACUCUAGAUCUCACAUUUUUUAUUAUUAUUUUACCUUAUUUUAAUUUUACCGAACUAUAAUAUUUAAUUCCAAGAAUAUUUCAGGGAUAUAUCUACAUCUGUAUUCCAGGGAUGUUGUUAGAAAUGAUGGGAAAAUCCAUUCCACUGAGUUGUUUGAGAAUUGUCCAUGUGCAUCAAAAUGUCAGAGCAACUUGGAUGGUAUUUAUCUUUUGAUAAAUAACUGUUUUAUGAUUA